UAAUAAUAGCUGAUUGGCUUGGUGUGGUCGAUGGUGAUAGAAGGGGAAGGACUGGAGCAGUCUGUCUAUGGUGGAAAAAAAGGAGGGGGGGGGGAGUCCCUACUGGGAAACGACCGCCUCUCAGGACAGCCAAAAAGUCAGAGGGUGAAUAAGGAAAUGAAGCGUAAUUUGAGGAAGAUGGAUGAGCCCCCAGGGACCCCCACACCCCCUUUCAUGCCUCUUGUAUUGCACAUGAUAACCAAUGCGCGCUCACCCUCCCUCUGUCCCCCUCUCUCUCUUUGCGCGCUCACAUCACAGAGGGAGGAGUUGCCAAGAGGUAUAGAACCAAGCAGCGUGUGUUUAUGUGUCAGUGUGGGACAAAUAAGAGGGGGACAAAGGGGGUGUAACGGUGUGAGGGACACAAGCGGACUGCAGGUCUCCAAAUAUUACCAAGUGUUCCACUUCCGGGGAUGCGGCUCAGGAUUCUACUGCACCGAAAAGUUUGAGCUUUUUUGGAGAAGAAAAACAGGGGAGUUUGCAUGCAAAGAUGCAAAGACCAGGAGGGCAAGGGACUGCGUUUUCUAUCGAUUCCCUCAUAGGGACCCCCCAGCCCAGACCGGGACACCUGCUCUACACGGGCUACCCGAUGUUCAUGCCCUACAGACCUCUGGUCAUUCCACAGGCGUUAACGCACUCGCCUCUAUCCUCCGGGAUACCUCCACUGGCGCCUCUGGCUUCCUUCGCAGGCCGUCUCACUAACACCUUCUGCGCCAGUUUGGGACAAGGUGUGCCCUCCAUGGUGGCUCUUACCACCACCAUGCCCAGCUUCUCGGAUCCGCCGGACACUUUUUACCCGCCCCAAGAGCUGCCGGGCCCGCGUCUGAGCGCCGCUGAGCCCGGGGGGAGGAGGCAGGAGAGCCCACAUUCGGAAGAGCUGCACAGCCGGGAAAAAGGCUCCGAGUUGCUCAACUUCUCGGAAAGUUUUCAGACGAUAUCAGGCGAGACCAAACUGUACAGUUCAGACGACGAGAAACUGGACCUCAAGUCUUCAGAGACCGUGUGCAGUGACCGGGAGGACAGUUCCGUGGACAGCGAGAACGAGAGCUUCUCAGACGGCAACACCUGCGCGGCCCUAUCCCAGAAAGGCAAGUUGAAAGUGGGACCCCACGACGUGCUCCCGGCCGGUGGCUCCUCGGCUGGGAAGAGCCGGAGGAGACGAACCGCUUUCACCAGCGAGCAGCUGCUGGAACUGGAGAAGGAGUUCCACUGCAAAAAGUACCUUUCUCUCACCGAACGCUCGCAGAUUGCGCAUGCGCUCAAACUGAGCGAGGUCCAGGUGAAGAUCUGGUUCCAGAACCGCAGGGCCAAGUGGAAACGGAUCAAGGCCGGCAACGUCAACAACCGCUCCGGGGAGCCUGUGAGGAACCCCAAAAUAGUGGUGCCCAUCCCGGUACACGUCAAUAGGUUCGCCGUGAGAAGCCAGCACCAGCAAAUAGAACAAGGAACCAGGCCGUGAAACGCUCUUGAAAAGGAUAGAAAUUACAAAAAUAUGAAACACUUAAUAAUUAAAGCGACUCCAGCAUGAGGCACAAACUGGAAGAGGAUCCGGUGACUCCAUGAACAAGACUGAGCAUUAUUUGGAAAUAUGCUGUCACUUUUAUUUAUUGAUUUGUGAAUAUGUACAUAAUUAACAAGAAAAAAGUACAAAUGGGCACUAUGGGAAGAGUCUUUUUUUUAGUAUUUAUAUGUCAGGCCAAAACCUUGUGUUGGUUGCAUGUCCUUUUCUCAUUUAGUGCAGUCUUUUUUUUUGGAAUGUUUAUUUUGGUUUGGUGUUUUGUACAAUUUGUUUGCAUGUAAGACAGUUUUGUUUGAAAGAACCGCGAUGACCAAACAAGGGACAAGUGUAAACUAUAUUGACCUAAUAAAUCGCUUUAUAUAUGAAAUGUUGGUUUUGACAUUUAAUGUUAUUGUUUGAAGUUGUGUGUUAAGGGAUUUUUUUUUUAUGAAAGGCCAUAACCCAUUUAAUCUUUUACAUAAAAACAACGCAAAUAGAACAAACAUUUAUACU